AUGAAGAAGGCAGGUGUUUCUUCCUUGAAUGCCUAUGCAGCAUCAUACGUACCUGUUGCCAAAAAGAAGGAUCCAACUGUUAAAGAUAUCAAGCCUGGCAAUGAGGCUGCUGCUUGGUUUGAACCUUGUUCUUUGAUGCGAAAUCCUGGUGAAAUGAGUGCCGAGCAGAUUACAGUUUCAUAUGAGGAUUUCAACAAGGAUUUGGAGUUUCUUGCUUGGUUAUCCAGUGAGUCUGUUCUGAACGUGUACUUGGAAAAUAAUCGAGACCCGGAAGCCACUAUUGACAGGCUUAAUCGACCUGAGAUGUACACUGUCGAGUCUGCCGAAACUCUUCCCGUGACAUUGGACAUCGGUGAUGUCACCGAAUCGAGGUCUUCAACACUCUUUGCUGGUCGUAGACCGACGAAUGCGGCAGGUGAAACCGGUGGUGCGUCUUCGUCGUCGGGCUCUAUGGAAUCAUAUAUUGCCUCCCUGACCGACUAA